AUGGCAUCUGGCCAAGAGAAGGACAUGGCAAGGGAGGAAGGGCCCACUGCACCUAAUGAGGUGGUGAACAAUGCUGCUGAGAUUGACCUCAAUCAAGAUAAGGCAAUGGCUGACAUUGAAUUGGAUGAUAUUGAGGACUUGGACCUGGACCUUGGAGAUGAGCAUAACCAUGGUGAAGCUGAAAACCAUGAUGAAGCUGAGCACCAUGGUGAAGCUGAGCACCAUGGUGAAGCUGAGAACCAUGGUGUCCCUGACAACCUUGGGGAAGAGGAUAACACCUGUGGGAAGGAGGCCACUGGUGAUGAAAAUGACUUCACUGAGGGUGAAGGCACGACUUAUCCUAUCUCCGAGGAGAUUGUCCAACUCCAGGCUAAGGUGGCAACUCAGAAUAUCACCAUCUUGCAGCAGCAGACGUCCAUUGAUGGACUCAAGAAGCACACUCAUAACCUCGAGGCUCGACUGAGCAUUACCAUGAAGGAGGUUACUGAGUUCCGUCGCAGCCUGGGCACUAAGAACCGUGAAAUUGAGUGGCUUCAGAAGACUUGCAAUAAUCUGCAAGUAUCAUUCAACAAGCUCAAUGAGCAGGCUCGCGUCACUGCAGCCACUCAUGCAUUGGACGAGGUGGCCCGGAGGGCAGUGUAUGGCGCUAAGAAGCAGGCGCAUGGACCAUUUGGGUGGCCGGAGUUUUGCACCGCGCUGAAAGAGGCAUUCAUGGUCAAGAAGUCCGACCUGGAACUGCUCGGACGCCUUGAGCAUAUCAAGUGUCAUGACCGUCCGGUGCAGGAAUAUGCGGUCGAGUUGGAGGCCGCAGCACGCUCGCUCCAGAAGCCCUUGUCCGAGGAGGAGAUGAUGCACCUCUUUAUGAAAGGCCUCCCUGUCAACCUGCAAGAGGCACACAUGAUCGGCGGCAUGACCAAUUGGACGACUUACAAGGAGCUGAAGGAGCAGGUGAUCAAAACUGACACCGUCAUUCGCACAUAUAUCCAUGGUCCUGCAAAGGCCGACCAGCAGCCCCGUGCUGAGGGCUCCGGUGGUCGUGGGAACUGGCCCCAGAGCGCCAAUGGCGGAGGCGGUUCGAAUAAGCGACCUUUCCAGCAGCGUGAGCACCAGCCUGGACCACAGGCCAAGAGGGCUAACGGGGGGGGAGGUCAUGGCCCUAACAAGCCGGACUUCUCCAAGAUGCGGUGUCGCGGCUGUGGAUUUAUUGGACACAUCCAAAAGCAGUGCCGUAACAAGAACCCAAUCAAGUACUCUGGGAAGCCGAAGCCAGGCGGCGCGGGACCUUCUGGAAAGAAGGAUUUUCAGAAGCCCAACUAG